CUCAGCUCUCCGCAUCACACACACUCACGGAGCUGCACCGACUCUCUCACACUCCUCCGUCCACACUUUGUUUGCACAUCGCUCCGAGAGGCACCGUCGCUACACACACACACACACGAGCGCGCGCACGGACGCACGAGCAGCCGCGGGCUACCUGUGCCACUGCGGCCGUCCCACACAGGGAGGGGUUUCACUCUUCCUGUCAUUGAGGCACCGAAAGAAAGAGAAACAGUAACUCAACCCGGUGCGGUGUGUGCGGAGGAACACGCAAACAUUAGUAGAGGAAGGUAGCAGAGGCUGUAACUUGGCUGGUUUGAAGUGAUCUCGAAGUUUCCGAUCGGAGAAGGAAUACUUUGGAGCCCGGUGUCCCCUCGCUGGUUGUGGAUAUUUACGUCCACCUUGUCUCCUGUUCUGAAGAAUGGCGAGAGAUUACGCAUCGCGCUGCUCACUCUCUCCGGUGAGGAAGACUUGGCUGGCGGCGGCGGCGGCGAUCCUCCUCGCAUUUCAAGGUAUCGGGGCUCAGAAAGUGCGAGUGGAGGAGGAGCUGGAGGCGUAUCCCACGGAGUCCGUCGAUCUCCGCUGCCAAUUCAUCGAUGGAUUAGGCAAAACCAAACUCACACAGGUGUCUUGGAUAUGGGAACCAAUCGAUGGUCAGCGGGACAACAUCGCCGUUUACCACCCCAUCUACGGUCAGAGUUUUCCCAACUUGUCGUUCAGGGAUCGAGUUGUCUUCCUUCAAAACAGUCUGGAGAACCCGUCCAUUAGGAUUUCUAAACUGAGAAUGGCUGAUGCCGGCCGUUACACCUGCGAAUACGCCACCUACCCCUCUGGGAACGAACAGGGGACGACCACCCUCACCAUGCUUGCCAAGCCCAAGAACUCCGCCAAAGUUGUGACCGUCCAGGCUGGCUCCAAGUCGGUGGUGGUGGCCCAGUGCGAGGCAGCAGACGGCAAGCCAGCAGCCACCAUCAAGUGGUUGGGGUCAGUCGGAGGCAACCACUCAACCACCACCGCAAACGGGCCAGACGGCACGGUGACGGUACGCAGCGAGUACCGGCUGGUUCCAACGCCUGCAGACAACGGCAGAGAUGUGGUGUGCAUGGUGGAGCAGAGGACGCAGGAGCAGCCGUGGGUUAACACCGUCAAGCUGUCUGUCGAAUACCCCCCCUCUGUAGUCAUCGAGGGCUACGACAACAACUGGUACGUCGGCCGCUCAGACGCUGCACUCCUCUGCCUGGCCAGCGCCAACCCUGAGCCCACCACCGUCACCUGGACCGCGGCUUCCGGUUCUCUGCCCGACACGGUGAUGGUGGACGGAAACAAGCUGACUGUGAGGAAGGUCGACGAUGCCGUCAACACGACUUUCAUCUGCGAGGCCAAGAACAAGCACGGGGCAAGCAAACACCAGAUCACCACCAUCGUCAUAGAAGCCUUGGAGGAUCCAUCCAGUGCCGGCGUUGUGGCGGGCGCCAUCAUCGGAUCCCUCCUGGCGCUGCUUUUGGUUGUCGCGCUCAUUGCCGUUCUCCUGACCCGAUGUCGCCGGCAGCAGAGGCGUGGGUACCCCAGCAGUGGGGACUCUAUAGCAACCGGCAGCGGUGGCAGCAAUGGCGGCGAUUAUGGCAACAAAGCCCGCUUGCUUUUCAGCGGGACUUCCAACAACGGCAGUAAAAACGGGACGGGCGCCAACAACAACGGGCCCAUUUACACGUACCGGGAGGGCUGCGACGCCACGGGAACUUUAACAGAAAAGGCCAACGACUUCCACCACCACCAUCUCCACCAUGCCUCCGUCGGGAACCCACCUUCUGCGCACGACAUCCUCCUCAGUGGUGACAUAGACGAACCCGAGAGAAGAAAGUUCGACCUGGAUGACAGCAUGGAGGAAGAGGAGGAGCGAUACGAUAGGUUCGGAGGCAUCCCUGGAGGCGGGAACAUGCUUCCCCCUGCUUAUCACGUCCGCAGAGGCCACGGCGGUGACGAAGAGGUGGACGUGUACCUCGACGACGACAUGGAGUCUCAGAGAGACGGCUCUGUCAUUUCCCGGACUGCCAUUUACGUCUGAGGACGCGUGAAAGGGAAGGAGAGGUGAGCGCUGAACAAAGGAGGCGGUGGAUGAAGAGGGGAGUUUGUGGCAGCCCCCCUUCUGCCACCAAAUAAAUCAACAUCGCUUCCAUCAGCAAAACACACCUCCCAGCUUCACCCAAUCAGGAGAUGCCGUCUGUGAAAUCAUCUCUGCUUGAAACCGACUGUAUCAUUUUAUAAAAAAAAAAAAAAGAGGAUUCAAAGAGAAAAAAAAAAAAGGAAACAAAUGUUGUUAAGCCGAUUAAGACGAACUUGUGAUGGCAUUAGUGCACUGUGGCUGAAUAUGUGACUGUGUUUAACUUUAUCAUGGAGACAGAUCUCAUUCAGUGUCAGCCAAAUGUAACAAAAUGGAAAAAAAAAAAAAUACAGCUUAUAGCGACUCUUGACGCUGCGCCGCUUAUUGCUAGCUUCUUGUUUCUUCAGCUUUGCAAGUGUGUGACCGUCGAGUGGCUACAUUGUUUGUAAUUUAUAAAACAUAACCUGCAAAGCGAUGGGAGCACAAUAACCACUAUUCCAAAACCUAAAGUAUCCAAAAACCGCCUUCCUGUUAUUAAGACUCUGCAACAAAAAAAAAAAAAAAAAAAACUGUCCCAAACAGCUUCGUAGGAUGUUGCCUCUGUGCUGCAGACGCCGGCUCUUCUGACAUGCCUUGGAUUCUCCGAUUGCUUGAAAACUUAAAAAGACAACCUCAGCGUCUUCGGCAGCGGUGAUGGAGUCCCUGCUCGAUGCAGAAACAACUUUUUUUUUCGGGGCUUAAAGUGACUCGGGGGGGGUUCCUGCCCCCCACCCGACGGCACCACCUGGUGUCCUGACGGGCGCCGUCAAAGUGUCAUAACAGUGUGUGCUAAUGUGUGGCUGGCUGUGGUGUUAAUGAUGUGCAGCAUCUAUAUAUUGGCCGUCGUCUGACUAUAGCACAGUUGUUGUUCUUGUUGUUGUUGUGGAUGUUGUUGCUGUUGUCGUUGUUACUGUCGUGUGACGACCUCGGGGGUUUCACACAGUACCACGUCGGGUCCGUAAUGACUCUUUAAUGGGAAAAAAAAAAUAGAUGUGAUUUUCUUUACUUCUUCUAAUUUUUCCUCUUUUAAUCUCUGCUUACUUUUCUCUCCGUCUCUUUGCUUUACCGUCCACUUGUCUCUCGGUCCCACACAUGACGUCUCUCUCUUUCUAUCUCUGUCUCUCUCUCUCUCUCUCUCUCUCUAUCUCUAUCUCUGUCUGUCUCUCU